AUGUCGCUUAACAAAACCUUUACGCUCAACGACGGCAACAAGAUCCCCCUAAUCGGCCUCGGCACCUGGCUCUCCAAGCCCGGUGAGGUCGAGAACGCCGUCGAGAUCGCUGUCAAGGCCGGCUACCGUCACCUUGACUUGGCCAAGAUCUACCAGAACCAAGACGAAGUCGGAGCUGCGUUGAAAAAGGUGAUCCCAUCGGUUGUCAAGCGUGAAGAGCUUUUCAUCACCUCGAAGCUUUGGAACACUUCACACCAGCCCGACAAAGUUGAGGCUGCUUACAACGAGACUCUCAAGGAGCUCGGACUUGACUACCUCGACUUGUACCUCAUCCACUGGCCCGUCGCGUUUCAGCCCGGUUCCGAUCUGGUACCCAAGACCGAGGACGGCAAGUUCACCGCUCUUGACCUCGAGACCUCGCUCGUAGAUACUUGGAAGGCACUCAUCGCCCUCCAGAAGGCGGGCAAGGUCAAGUCGAUCGGUGUCUCUAACUUCACCAUCGCUCAUCUGGAUGCCAUCAUUAACGCAACUGGUGUCGUUCCCGCAGUCAACCAGAUCGAAGCGCACCCUUUGCUGCCCCAGGAUGACUUGGUCGCCUACGCUCAGCAGAAGAACAUCCACUUGACCGCCUACUCUCCUCUCGGAAACAACCUGACCGGCAAGACCAAGAUCGUCGACUACCCUCAGGUUUCCGAGGUGGCUAAGAAGUACAACGCCGAUCCUGCUCAAGUGCUGAUCGCUUGGGGUGUCAAGCGCGGAUACUCGGUCAUCCCCAAGAGUGUCACUGAAACCAGGAUCAAGUCCAACUUUGAACAGCUCGAGCUCAAGGAUGACGACUACGAGACGGUAACCAGCUUGUACAAGCAGCUUGGCAAGGUUCGUUUCAACGUUCCUUUCACAUACAGCCCCCAAUGGGACAUUAAUGUCUUUGGAGAGGACGCUGAGAAGGAGGCCAAGAACGAGGUCAAGACUGAGUAA